UCAGAUGCCGAUUUGUUUAAAACAAUAAAGACAGAUGAAAAAUACAAACGAACAACAAAGAAGAUAUGUUAAAUGAACUUUUUGUUCUUUUGUGUCAUAUAUUCAUCUUGAGUAGAUUGGUUCUAUGAUAUACUCAUUUUCGUUGUUUGUUUUUAUGUGAAUGCGAAUAUAUUUUGAUUCGUUAGAAAAACACAUGAAAUACAGGAACACAGAUAAUAAAGGCAUUUAGUCUUCAAAAAAGGUAUCAUUAACCACUCUGGCAGAAAAAACGCCAGGUUCUGAUUUUCACUUUUUGAACCUGGUCAGGCGACAGUAUUUGCACCUGUCGUCAUAGCAACAAAACUUUAUUAACCGUUGAUCUCGAAUCACAUAUUCCCUAAACUUUGCGAAUUAGUCUUAUUCAACGAAGACUUUUUUAUCACGUUAACAUGCAUAAAAAAACUGAGAUAUUCUUCCUCUCUUUUUCUGACCAAUAGAAUGUAGUUGUUCUUCAGCAAGCGGGAAAAUAAUGUCAACAUCAGUAAGUGAUUGAAAUGCAGAAGAGUCAUGAGUAUGAUACUUUAAAUAGCUUCGAGAGUACUACUAUCAACGUAAUUUUUGCUGGGGGAUAAUACAGGUAGGUAGAAUAUGAUUAUAAAUAGAAACAUUCAGUUGCUGUAAUGUGUGAUAUGGGAUAGAUGUUGUCGUCUAUUUGUCACGUUUUCAAUUGGGAAGUAGCUCUAAUUAAUAGCGUCAGAAGCAUUCUUUGGACGGCUUCUGGAAAGAAAAUCACCACCUUGUCAGUGCUAGGUCCGCUUUUUACCUGCUUAUACCGCGAGCCAGCAGGUUUAGGCCUCCCAUAAUUUUGACUCCAUCAGGCGUAUAAAUACGGAUGAAUGCGUCGGAAAUUUGUUUGAAGCUCCUCUGUUCUUGAGACGCUCUGUCGUUUAUAAAUCUGCUUGUUUCCCUAAACAACAAGAAAACCAAUCAGUAAAUAAAAUAAAACUUCCUCUCAUUUUAGAUACAUAUGUUGUUUGCUUAAAAAUUGUCCAGGAAUUAUGUACGUAUUUUCCAGUAUUGGCAGUCUAAUUGAUGGGAAGCUUGUGAAAGUGAUUAGCUGAGCAAAGUCCUUCUAAAAAAAGGUUUCUUUCCCGAAACAAAUAGCUGUUCGAAGAUUUCUCCUGUUUUUCAGUGCACGAAAAGUUGUUCGGGUAUAAUUGGAUCAAAGUAUGUCGAGUGUUCUUGCUGCUGAUAAAAUGAUUCGAAGUAAGAAAAAUAUUUGUUGAAAAGCUUUGAUUGUCUACUACUGAACGUUGAGCAAAAUUUUUUCACGUUAGUAGAAACAUGGACAGAAAAUCAUAAGUUCUUAAUAAUAGAGCAGUUUUUAACAUGAUUUUAGAUAAAUAUGGCUCAACAUUCAUUCGGUAGCCGAUCACAACCAAGAUAUGUCCAUCAUGGUCUAUCCUCAACUGGAAAGAGAGAUUUACAAAAUGUAGUAUCUUGUCCAUCUCAAUCGUAUGCUCAACGUCGAACACAAACAAAUAAUAACGAAACUAGUUUACGAGAUGCAGUUGUUGACCAAAUAUUAUUUUGUCAAAAUUCAUCGAAAAAUGCAAUUCAAAUCUGUGAAAACGGUGAGCAAUCAUCGAUAACACUAAAACUGGACCAUAGUGAAUUAAUAGAACUUGAUUUAACAUCAUCCAGUUACAACUAUAACACGUCUCGGAUCAAAUUCAGUACAGAUUAUGCUUGUAUUAUUACGAGUGCUAGACAUCCACACGCGUUUACAGUUAAUUUGAUAGAUGAAUUAUCAGCAUAUGAUAAAUUUGCUGCAAAAAUCAAUGAUUACUAUAAUAAAAGUAUCGAUGGUCUACGUUUAAAAGUUCAAAAAGAAGAUAUUCGUCCGAAUUUUUGUUGUGUAACAUACGAUAAAGAUAAAAUGGAUGAUGUCGUUUGGAAUCGUACUCAAAUAUUAGAAUAUGAUGUUGAAACGGAUUCCUGUAAUGUUUAUUACGUCGAUUUAGGUUCCUGGGAUGAAUAUAUACCACGUGAACGUUUAAGAUAUAUCACAAAAUGUUUUCAACGAGAGCCGGUUCGUGCUCUAACAUGUCGUCUAGCUCGUUUACAGCCAUUGACAAAAACAAAUGGUAUAUGGACAGAUCAGGUAACAAAAACAUUUACCGAUGUUAUUAACAAUUGUCCGGCAAGAAUUGAAAUCGUUGAUUGUUCACAAAAUGGAGCGUUUUAUGUUAAUUUGUUUGUAUUCAAUUCUGGUCAACAUGUUUGCGUUAACGAUUUCUUGUUACAUCUUAAAAUGGCUGAAGCUGUUGAAGAUAGUUUAAGUAGAGAGUUACAGGAUGAUGGAAUCGAUGAAAAUGGUAAUGCUAUACAUCCACUGAUAUUGGAAUUUUUUAGAGCAGGAGAGACAGAAAAGGAAAAAUUUAAGUCAAAACAAUUAAAUGAUCUGGCGGAAGCAGAUGAAAAGAAAAAACCACAAGAACAAUAUGUUAAAAUAACACCAGUAACACCUUAUGAUAAAUUAAUAUUUGCUCGUUAUAACACGUGGGUCAUGUUGCCUUGGUUUAGUAUUUCCGCAUUAUUGAAAGGACUUGAUGAAGAUACCUUGAAAACAUUUGCAAUAAUGAAUAAUUUUCAUCCAACACGUAUUAGUCCACUAACAGAUCCAAUAUUAUGUGCAAAUUUAGUUAAAUCAAUGGCAUCUAUUGAUCAAUGUCCAAGAAGUAAACAUCGAACAAGUGAAAUAACAUUAUACAGUAUUGAUUGUGUUAAAAGAAUGUUAAGAUAUUAUAACUAUUCGGAAGCAAUUACUUUUGAACUGUUGGACCAAGCUAGAAUGGCGGAGCAAACAAAUGAUAAACAAUUUUGGUAUUCGAUUGAUAACAAAAAAUCUAAACGACGAAAAGAAAAAACGUUAUCGGCAGCUGAAAAGAAUGAAAUUGAUAUUUUGAAAACAUAUAAGAACGAUCUUGAAGAACAAUUGCAAACACUCGAUGAAAAUGAUACAGAUAUUGACCCAUUACGUGUUGAUUUAAAUGAAACAAUCGAUAAAAUUCAUCGUAUUACGUGUUAUGAUGGUAUUAUUAGUGGUGCUACGAAUCAAAAAUAA